UGUUGUUCAUUUUCCUUUCUGACAUUCUUAUAAGUAUUUCAAUUCUGAUUUAGCAAAUCAAAGAAAGAACAGAACUGCCCAAAAUGGCCAAAUCAGAACAUAUACUUGUGUUGUACUUCUUCUACUUCAUAUUCAAUUUUUGUUGUAGCCCUUCACUUUGUUGUCCACGAGAUCAGAAAGAAGCUCUCCUCCAAUUCAAAUCCUUACUUGUUGGUGAUUCGUUGAGAAACGAUCCCAUGAACACAACGGUCACUGGAUUGGAUUCAUGGAAUUCCAGUUCAGAUUGUUGUCAAUGGGACCUGGUCAUUUGCCACCACAGCUCAUCUUCACCACAGGUGACCGGUCUUAAUCUCUACUAUGUCAUUCCUUUACUACCCUUGAUGACUGCUGUGACUUCAGAUGUCUUGACACCCAUUUUUCGCAUAAGAAGUCUCAUGUUACUUGACAUUUCCUCCAAUUCAAUACAAGGUCAAAUACCUGGAAUUGGUUUUGCCAAUUUGUCCAAACUAGUCCAUCUUGACCUGAGGAUGAAUAACUUCAGCGGUUCAAUUCCUCCUCAGUUGUUUAGUUUGAGGUACCUCCAAUACCUUGAUCUAAGCAGCAACUCGAUUCAAGGGAUGCUGAGUGGUGAGCUUGGUAACCUCAGGAAUUUGCAGCUGUUGAACAUGGAAGAAAACUUUCUCCAAGGAAAUAUACCUAUGGAGAUUGGAAACUUAACUGUGUUACAGAAAUUGUCACUUCGUCAAAACAAAUUCUCUGGUAGGAUUCCAGUGUCCGUGUUAAAUUUGAGGGAGCUGCAAAUGUUAGAUCUGCGAAAUAAUUCUCUAUCAAUGGAGAUACCAGCCAAUAUUGGGGACUUGUUGAAUAUGUCAACUUUGGCAUUAAGCAAGAACAACUUGAGUGGUGGAAUCCCAUCAUCAAUUCAAAAGAUGGGUAAGUUGGAGACACUUCGACUGGACAGCAAUUUUCUCUCCGGUGAAAUCCCAGCAUGGUUGUUCAGCCUCAAGGGGAUGAAAAUUUUGCACCUCGGAAGAAACAGACUCACCUGGAAUAACAACACCACGGUAGUUCCAGAGUGUGUGUUAUCUGAGCUGUCUCUUAGAUCUUGUGGUCUUUCAGGGCAUAUUCCCAUCUGGCUUUCCAAUCAAACAAGUCUUAAUUUCUUGGACUUGAGUGAAAAUGAACUCGAAGGAAACUUUCCACAAUGGCUGGCUGAACUGGAUGUUGGAAGUAUAAUUUUAUCAGAUAACAAGCUUACGGGUUCUCUGCCCCCUCGUUUAUUCCAAACUCGAAGUUUAUCUGUCCUUGCUCUGUCAAGAAACAACUUCUCCGGGGAAUUGCCAGAAAACAUUGGUGAAGCUACUGCAUUGAUGAUACUCAUGUUGUCCAGUAACAAUUUUUCUGGGCCUGUGCCACUUUCCCUCUCAAAUAUCUAUCGGUUGCUAUGGCUAGACUUGUCGUCAAAUAGCUUUUCUGGAAGCACUUUCCCAGUUUUCGACCCAGCGGCCCUUGUUGCUUACAUUGAUUAUUCCUCUAACAAAUUGUCAGGUGAGGUUCCUUCAACUUUUGGGAUAGGCUUAAUAAUGUUGUCACUGAGUCAAAAUGAGUUUUCUGGUCACUUGCCUUUUAACCUGUCCAAUUUGAGCCAGCUUGCACACCUUGAUCUCUAUGACAAUAAAAUCACAGGAGAAUUCCCAUCAUUUCUCUCCCAACUAUCUUCUCUUCAAGUCCUUAGUCUUCGGAACAAUUUGCUUGAGGGGUCGAUCCCCGAUGAUCUGUCGAAUCUGAGUAGUCUUCGGAUCCUAGACCUCUCCAACAACAACCUUACUGGAAAUAUUCCUUCAAGCUUUGGAAACCUGAGGGGAAUGGUUGAUAUUCCCUAUAUCCCCACUCUCUCUGACUUGGUUACCUUCCCAAUUGAAUUACAGGACUUGUUAGUCAACUGGAAGAAUUCAAAGCAAGGUUUAUCCGGCAACAACCUUGGUAUUUACUCUCUAUUAGACCUCUCAGACAACCAAUUAUCAGGUGAAAUUCCUGAUUCAUUAGGUGGUCUUAGAAGCCUUAAGUUACUCAAUGUGUCCUUUAACUCACUCUCAGGAAAAAUUCCUACAAGUUUUGGCGAUUUGGAGAGUGUAGAGACCUUGGAUUUGUCACACAAUAAGCUUUCAGGUGAAAUACCUCAAACUUUCGCAAAACUCUUAGAAUUGAGCACGUUAGACUUGAGCAACAACAACCUUGUCGGUCCCAUUCCAGAAGGUCCUCAAAUGGACAGCCUAAUUGAUCCAAACUAUUAUGCGAACAACAGUGGACUAUGUGGAAUGCAAAUCCAGGUUCCUUGUCAGGACGUGCCGCCACCACAAGAGGGAGAGGAGAAUGAGAGCAAGGAAACAUGGUUUUCAUGGGAAUAUGCAGGUUUUGGGUAUCCAGUUGGGUUGUUUUCAGCAGUUGGAGUGGCCUAUGCCAUUGGCUACUUUGACAACACCACACUGCGACGUCGCCGGCCUCCUAUUAGGUUUAGGAUUAGGGAAUGAAUUUUCUGAGGUUUCAAAACCUGUUCAGGACAUCUAAUUAUGAAAGUCUAAAUAAUUAGUCCUCUCGUAAACAUCCACAGGAUAAUGUUUUGCAUCAUAAGCCUGAGGCCUCGUGUUUAAGAUAUAUAGUUUAA